AUGGCGCAAUCAGACACCGCCGUUCGCUCCAUAUAUGCCGAGCUGCUCUCAAAUAUCAGACAAGUGUCAGUUAGAGCCACGCUGUCAUCACCAUCGGAUGCGACGACCAAGGCCGAGAUUCUUGAUGACGCCCGUCGCAUUCAAAUUCAUCAUCAGGGCGAAGUAAGAGCACUAGACCUUCCAGCCAGUGUCCUGGUACGAUCUACGAUCCCCAUUCCAGAGAAUUCCUCGCAGGACCUAGCCUGGAGGCUUCCAGUACCAGCCACUGAGACACACCUGACAAGAUUCUCUGCCGAGAAUCAGUCAGUACCUUGGAGCUCUACGGAUGUCAAAAUCGGCUCUUGUAUCAGCUGCCGGCAUUGCAGUCACAAUAUUGUUCAACCAGGCCGCAUAAAGUCAUGGAAAGAUUUACCCAGCGAGAACUGGGCAGAAAUGAUGGAGUUCUGGCACUGUCACAAGCCUCAUGACCACGAGCAUCAUGAUGGCGAGAAUCUGUCCAAGCGCGGCUACGGAGCUAAUAGUGCAAUUACUGCUCAGCCGGAAGUUGGCUUUGUGGAUCUCACCUCCUUUCUGUUCUCUGAGGCGGACUGCGAUGGAUUAUCAUUUUCGCGCCCUGAUUCGGACACCUCCUUCGACACCAGCAAAGAAGCCAUUGAUGGUACCGAUCCAGUGAGACCUUUACGUAUAUUCUGCAAGACUUGCCGUGCAGAAGUAGGAAUAUAUAAUGCCCUGGCAGUAUCGGUAACUCUGUUCAAGUGGCAAGUAACGUGCGAAACUGGCUCACCCAGCCAAUCCCCGAGCAGCUCAGAGUGCCUAGCAGCCACUCUAAUAGCCACCAUAUCACGGUCGGGCUCAUCUAAAUCUGUUGUGGCGUCACAUACGCUUGAUACUACCCCAGAAGGAACACGGUCGGAACUGCCUCAGUCUCUCCACCUCUGGGUGCUCAAUGCCAAUGUUGUGUAUUCUUCCACCAUGCGCGAAGGAAGACGGACGGCGAUCAAGGUUCUCUAUCAAGAUAUUGAUAUAGAAGAAGGGAAUAAACUUGUGGAUUCGAUGACCUCAGGUGUCCAGGAGAUCAGCUUCCCAGGAGCUGCUAUCAGCACAGCUCGUCAAAUUCUCCGGGAAAGUAACAGCUUAUUGCCCGUCUCUGAGCGGCUAUUUCAGCAAUGGCAUGUUGGUUUACUAGAACGUUGGAAAUAG